GGACUUAGGUGAUGACAAGGCUUUCUUUGAUCCUGACAAUAUGGCAGACCUUCAAAUAAGAGUCAUGGUGCUCAUCAAUAAUGCAUACACCAAUCUGUUUGAUCAGAGUGUAGGGGCACUUACAGGAAAAUAUGAUUAGAGUGAUUUGUGCCUGUGGGGUUAGCAUUAAACAUCAACUAGAAAAGAACUUUGAGAAUAUGUCUGCCUAUAGUUUGACCAUUCCUUGCCCUUUUCUGAGAUGGGUGAUGCUAGUGGGUAUAUGCGUCGAUGAGUAAUGGACUUAAGGAGUUCUAUGCAUGUAUGAGUCGAAAUAAUUCUUUGGAUAUGAUGUAUGAUGUGAUAAGUAGACAAGCCUCAUCAUGAAACACUCAACAAAUGAGUGCAAGGACCCACGGGUAGAGUUUUUCAUAGAAGUAAUGGCACAAUUAAACGAUAAUCAGUGCAGAUUAGUGGAAGAGUGAAUGGAGAAUGGUGACAUGGGGUUUCAAUGGGAUAUGGCUAUCAGAAGUUUUAUCUGCUUGGAUAGAAAUUGUUAUACAUCAAAUUUCCCUGAAGAUAGUUUUGUCCAUAGAAAUGCAAAUACAGAGAAACAAUCUUUUUGUUGAAGAUGUAAAAUGUUUGAUUUCAAGUAAUGAAAUUCAUGUUUAGUGAAGGGCAAAACAUUAGUUGUAAAACAGGGAGGUAUAAUGAAGAAUGAAAAACAAAAUAUAGAAAUUAAAGGGACACCCUCACUCCCCUCCAAAAAAAUUUUAAUUCUUGCUGUAUGAGCAUGCUUCCAAAGGGAAACGCAGAAAAGGAAAUGUGUUUAUCUGUUUAUCAAAAAACUUUUUUUUUUAUGAUAAAGAAAAAUAUUCAUAUGACCACUGAAAUGUCGAGUCUGUAGUUAUAAAUGUCAAAUUGCAGACUGACAGGGAAAAUGCAGCUAUCUGCUUAUGACCAGUUAGAAUUAAUGAACGAAUUUUGACAGACAGGUUAUUCAUAAUCAAAGAAUGUGAUACAUGUCAUGUCAUUACGUCUUUGAAGGUGUCCUAAGGGCCUUGUUUUGCAUGUUUCCAGAAUGAAAACAAACAUGGGAAAAUGAAAAUGCACUAGAAGAAGUGAAGAAAAGAAGGCUCUAUAAAUCCUACACUUGCUUACAUGUUUUAUGGACAUGGUACAUGCUUGCUGACACUUUAAUUGACUGGAUAUUACAAACCAGGUUGUAAAAAAAUAGGUGGAAAGCCAUAACUCAAAGCCAUGACAACAGGUGUGAAAGGCUUUGUAAAUGGAGAGGUUGUUAAAGUGUAUGAUAGUCUAUUGUUUGUUCAGGUAAUCAGCAGCAGGCCCACUACUGUGUUAUCAAUUAGCACUUUUUUUUCAUCUGUAAUUAUUGUUUGAAAAGACCAAUACAGAUGUUCACAUUUCUUUGUAAACUUGCACAUACCCAGCCAUCAUGCCUGGCUGACUUAUCAGUUGGGGCCAUUUUAAACCUGGUGAUAUAAAUGUAAAUUUAAGCAGAACAACAGCUUGUGCAAAAUGGUGUGGGGUUAUUUUGUUUUUUUGUUUGCAUUAUGACCCAAAGUAUAUUUAAAGGAUGUUUUGGGCUAAUUAAUGACUUCCAUCUUUCCUGCUCUGUGGCCAGUCCUCUUUAUGAGGAAGUAACCACCUUUGAGACCUUCCCCUUGGUGCAUAACUGCCUUUGAUCUGAGACACAGGGAGGAGAGAUAGUUAUUGAUUCCAGUACUCUGGAUGUGAUUGGUGGUCUAUCUCUCUAACUCUCUUACUAACAAAGGACACUAUAGGAGCCAGUACUAGUCUAGUACUUCUAUAUCUUGGUCAUUCUGUAAGGAAUGGUUUUCCUAAAUUCUUUAAAGGAACUGUCAGUCAGUCUUGAUAGUAAAGGAGGCAACAUUCCACUCAGAGUGGAACUUCCUCCCCAGAAGAUGGAUACAGAAAACCCCAAGGCUUUGGAGCUGGAGCAAGAGUUAGAGAAACCUCCACUUAAUAUAGAGGAGUUUGAGUGUGGCGUUCAGUUUGAGGGGUUGGAGAAGAACAAGCAGGAGUGGUCCUUUACUCUGUAUGAUUUUGAUGGACAUGGCAAAAUCACAAGAGAGGACCUGUCAAGUUUACUGAAAGCUUUAUAUGAUGCUGUGGGGUCGUCCAUCAAAAUUCCCUCCAAUGGAACAAAAACUCUCAAACUAAGGCUCACUGUAGGGCAAGACAACACACAACUGCCAGAGAACAAGUUACCAGUCAAGGGCAAAAAGGACAAACCUAAGGAUAGUGAUAAGGUGAAGGACACUCCCAAAUCAAAAGAAUUUGCAAAGCUCAACAACAACCUAACAGCCACUCAUGUGCAGUUGCCUGCCAAGCAGUGCAAUAGUGAUUUACAAGAAAGGGUAAAAGGACAAUGCCAAAACUCCUGUCAAGUCAAAGGUCAUAACCCUUGUACAGCCCAGGGUCAAGCUUUUAUGUGUUCAGGAUCUAAGAGAAUUCAACUAACCUCACAGGAACAGCAACAGCUUGUGGAAUUGGUGCAGGAGAACAUGGAGAGGAAUCAUGUGAAACAGCUGAGACGGCAUCACAGUGAUUGUCGAGGAGUCACGACACAUGACCACUCCCACCACAAGCGGCGCCAUCGAGGGCACUGUUUCAAUCUGAUGACUUGUAACAAUCAAGCCAGCAACAAUACCACUAGUAACAAUAAUCAAGAGAAUAGUGCAAAAGAAUCUCAAGACAGAAGAAACUACUACCUCGACUUAGCUGGGAUUGAGCAUAAUGCCAAAACUCAGUCCACACACAACCUGAACAACAGCAUGGGACAAUCAACAAGAAUGGGAGACAAUUUAGUUCACUCCCGAUCUAAAAGCCAGGACACGAAGAAAUGUGAUAACAUUCAACGCGCAUCACAGAGAAUCAAACAACAGCAUUUGGACAGUGCCAAGACUGAACAUUUGAGGUCAAGGUCAUUUGAUCCACAGGAAAUGGAGACAAAGUCACCCAAAGGGCAUCACAAAGGGUCACCGCACAAACAUGGACGAUUUCGACCUGUGAGCUUGCCUGUGCAUGUCCCUGAUUCAGUGUCCCAUUAUCAUAGGCGCCAUCGUCAUAGAGACAAAGAUCAUGACCUUGCCAUGCAGCAAGUAGCAGAGUGGAUUGAACGGGAACAUUCGUGUGAUGUUGAUGGGGACAAAAUAGUGGUUCAGAAGCAUGAACAUCAUCACAUUCAUGAACAUCACCAUCAUCAUCAUUAUCAUCAUUACUAUGAAGCAUGAUGGAUAUAAUUAACAAAUAUCAAUGGAAUCCAUUAUUUGUUAAUCUUCUAGAGUUUACUUUUUAAAAUAUUUCAAAUGAUUCGUUAUCUUUUCACUGUAAGAGAACUCAUUUUUCCUGUUAAAUGUGUAGCUUUUUCUUAAUGCUCAGAGUCGGGGAAAAACCUGGCCAGUUUGAUAAUGUACCUAAUCAUUUUAAUGUGAUAAAUAAUUUUUCUUAUCCUUGAUGUAAAUGAUUGUCGAAAUACUCAGUCUCAUGCAAAUAGUUUAUUGUUCAUAUGUACCUGUUGUCCCUCAUGAAGUACAAUUUUCAUCAGCUUGAAUAUAGAAUAGUAUGCUCGUUUCAUCACAUUGUUCAUAACUUUGCGACACUUUCAUUCGAUGAUAUUAUGGAUAUUAACUUUAGUUUUGAUAUCAUUUGCAAGUGAUUAUUUCAGUAAAUUAUAUAAUUAGCUUAUAUGUAUUAUGUUUUUGAAGUAUUUCAGAAAAAAUGGCUAUAGGGUUUGAAAUAUAUGAAGCCCUUUUUUUUUUUUUUUUUUUUAGUUAUUUAUUGUUGAAUAUUAUGAACAAUCAGAUUCUGUUUUAUAGGGAUAUACACAUUUUUAUCUGUGAAAACACAUUGAAUGUCUGAAGAUGAAUGGAAGAUAUGAAAUGUGCUUGUGUUAAACUGAUUUUUUUUAUAUUCCUCCGUAAAGUUGGUAAAAUUAAUCUUACCUGGUUCUUGUGUCUAGGUUCUGUGUCUGGUUAGGAAUAAAUGAUGCAUCAAGUAGUUACUUUGUGUGAAAGGCUGUUCCUUUUAUUUACUACAAUCAUAUACAGUAAAACACGGUUAUAGUGAACUUCCAGAGCCAGCGAAAAACACUUCUUUUAAGCCAAUUUAACUUAAUUAGUAGAUUAACAUCCAGGGUCACCAAAAAGUAUGGGGCAGGUGGGAGGACUUUAUUUUUUAAUUUUUAUUUUCUGAGAAAUGACAACGAGUUUUUGUCAACAGAAGUGCAUCAUUUAAUGCCAGAUGGAUAUCAAUCUAUGUUUAUUUCAAAGACGAAUUCCAGGUUAAGCUUUAAUUUCAAACACAGAAAGAUACCAAACUUCUUCAAGAUUUACACCCGUAAGAAAUUAGGAUAACCAUAUCUAUUUUCUUCAUGUGGCUUUUUAUGUUACUUUCCCAGAAAUUUAAUCAGUGUAAAUACCAGAGUCGGACAUGAAAAUUUCCCGAAAAUCGCAAAUUUCGCAAAAUAAAAAAAUUCAGGGCGGGCUGAUUUUUGAAGGGCGGGCAGGGAUGAUAAUCUAUCAAUUAAGUUGAAUUGGCCUUAUAACCAAACUUCAUCAAAUCUAAUCAAUUUUUUGUUAUUUUUCUCUCAAUGGGGAAUCAAUAUCACUUAGCAAUAAGCAUGAAUUCUUUUUAAGCGUGUUCCUAUUAAGCAUGAUUUACUGUAUUUCUACAGCAAUUGAUAACCCCCCCCCCCUCCCUCUUUCAUAUUCAAAAUCUUAAGGACAAAAAUAAUUUUACUGGUUAGGAGAAGAUUGAACAUUGAUUUAUCGAUUUACUAGUAUUUGUCUUGAAAUGGAAACUUGUGAAGAACAUGUUACAAAAUGUGUGCAGAGAAUGAUUGAAUGAUGGAAUGAAUGUGAUUUAGACCAGACAAUGAGAUUGAAUUGUCCAAAUUCUACCUCAGUUAAUGAAUUAUCACAUGCUUCAGAUGGACUGCAUUAGAAUGCCUGUAAAUAUUUUAUAUACAGUCUUUUGUUCCUUUACUGCUUAUUGCUGUUAUGAUUUUGAAAUGAAGUACAAUCAACACGUAGGUAAUGUUUGAAAAACAAGAAACUGUUUUUUAAAAAGAAACAAAGUUUUUUGUGCUGAAAUUUAUUAUUACCUUUCCAGUGUAGGAACACGUCUGUUGAUGGACAAUUUGUGGGUUUUUUUUGUUAAGACUACAAUUGAAUUGUUAUAUCUGACCUUUUUUGUGGAUAUGUUGAAAUAAAAUCAUGAAAUAAAAGUUUGAAUAUUCA